UCUAAAAAACCCCCCGCAACCGCCGGGCGUCCACGAACCCAACCGCCGCCGCCGCCAUGGCCGCCGCCGGAGCCUUCCACGCCGGCGGGCGCCUCCUCCUCCCGAUCCGCCGCAGCCCGCACGGGCCCAGCCCCUCGCCCUGGUCCCACCUCCGCUCCCACCUCAUCUCCUCCAAGCCGCCGCCAAACGCCCCCCUCCCGCUGCCGCCGGCGCGCCCGGGCCCCGUGGGCUCCUCCUUCGGGCCCCCGAGCAGAAAGACUGGCGCGGUAGGGGCCGCCGGGGCGGGCGUCGUCGGGUGGUACCUCGGCCUCCUGGACGCGCGGCCCGUGCUCACCAAGAGCGUCACCGCCGCUACCAUCUUCACCGCCGCGGACCUCACCUCCCAGAUGUUCACACUUGGUCCUGAGGAAUCACUUGAUUUUCUUAGGACCAUGCGUAUGGCUAGUUAUGGGUUGCUGAUCUCAGGACCUACCCUCCAUCUUUGGUUCAACUUUAUCUCGAAAGUGUUCCCAAAAAAGGAUGUAGUGAAUACAUUGAAGAAGAUGUUUCUAGGGCAAGCAGUAUAUGGACCAAUUAUCAACUCAGUUUUCUUCUCGUAUAAUGCAGGACUACAAGGUGAGACUGUCCCUGAGAUCAUUGCAAGAUUGAAGAGGGACCUAGUUCCGACCAUCAAAAGUGGGAUUUUAUAUUGGCCAGCUUGUGACUUUAUUACUUUCAAGUUUGUCCCUGUUCAUUUACAGCCACUGGUGAGCAAUUCAUUCUCGUUUCUUUGGACCAUCUAUAUAACAUAUAUGGCCAGCUUAAAGAAAGCAGAUGUGGAGGUGGCCACGAGUACCUAGUUGUUGUCGAAUAACUCAACACGGCUAUUAUCAGUCAAUUCUUUGUACAAGGUGGGCUUAAUGGAUGUCUGGUGGAACUAUGAUGUUAUCUGUCAUUUUAUCAACCAACAGCUUUAUGCUAAAAACAGAGUGGAUUCCUUCCUAUGCAUCCUUUGCUUUAAGUUUAGGUUACAGUGUCCACAGGGCUUCUACCUGCCUAUGUUUUUGGUUGAAGCCUUUGUCUGGAUGGCAGAAUUAUACUAGCAUGUCUUGAAUCUUCCUACACCUCAAAAGCUAUAGCUUUUUUGAACUAGAUUCUCUGUAUCUAGUUAUGGUGAUGUAAGGUGAUUAGGUGAACCUGUUUAUUUUUUUGUGACAAAUGAGACCAAACACUAUUGAUCAUGUUUGUUUCUUUUGAGCUCA